CACUUUCUCCCACAGAACGAGGUGUUUCCCGAGCCCCUGUUCACCUGGACGCGGGUCGGCGGGAGGCUGCUGGACGGCAGCAUGGAGAAGCAUGGGAAGGAGCUGGUGCUGGAGCGAGUGCCGCCUGAACUGAACGGCUCCAUGUACCGCUGCACGGCCCAAAACCCACUGGGCUCCACGGACACGCACACUCGCCUCAUUGUCUUCGAAAACCCAAGCAUGAUGAAAAACACACAGAAGCAAAGCAGUGGAGCUCCAAGUUUUCACAUUUCUGGACUAGUCUGGCUGCCAUUCGUCCUCACAGUGACAGUCAAGUUGACAUGAGUCUGCUUA